UGUGUCUCGAACUGGAGACGACCGCGGAGAAUCAGAACCCAUACUUAAUGUCAAACAAACAAAAACCAAGCAAAGGACUGAAACUGAGCCAAACUUUGAUUAGAUUAAGUUCAAAAACCAAAUGGGUUUCAGUUUCACCAUGGGCUUGAAUUUGGUUCUUCUUCUAGCCAUGGUGGCCACCAACAUCCUCUCUCUCUACCACCUCUCUUCCUCAACCACUCUUUUUCUCCAAAGCCCCCUACUCCCCUAAGUCCCCGACCAUCUUCUCCACCAACUCCAAACUAUACGCGCCACUAUUAACCACCUCACGCGCCACCAGCCUCCUCCCACCACCACCACCACCACCACCAUUCCCCAAGAUCUCCUCCUCUACUCUCGACUGUCCCCCAUUGCCUCCUCUUGUCACAACCACCCUGAUCUUCUUCACCAGUACAUGAACUAUACACCCUUCACUUUGUGUCCCCUUGACACUCAGCUUCAAGAGACUCUUAUUCUCCAGGGUUGCCACCCGCUGCCUCGCCGCCGGUGUUUUUCGCCGACCCCACCUAAACCCUCCUCUUCUUUGCCACUAGACCCAUUUGGGUCUCUUCUUGACACUAAUGUUAUCUGGUCUAGUUACAACUGUAAAAGUUUCUCUUGUCUUGUGAAACAAAAUCCCAAUCUUGGGUUUGAUCCAGCUAGUGAAAAGGCCUCAUCUUUUAUAAAAUUCAAGACGGAGCUGGAUCUCCCAGUUCCACAGUUGUUUCAGAUAGCUAAAGAUGCAAAUUUUGUUAUAAGACUUGGGGUUGAUGUGGGUGGUGCUACUGGUUCUUUUGCUGCAAGAAUGAAGCUUUAUAAUGUUACUGUGCUUACCACAACUAUGAAUCUCGGUGCACCAUAUAGUGAGGCAGUGGCUUUAAGAGGGCUUGUGCCUCUGCACAUACCAUUACAGCAAAGGUUGCCGGUUUUUGAUGGGGUGGUAGAUCUUGUGAGAUGUGGGCACGCAGUGAAUAGGUGGAUACCUGUGACAAUGAUGGAGUUUUUGUUUUAUGAUGUUGAUAGAGUGUUGAGGGCUGGAGGGUACUUGUGGUUUGAUCGGUUUUUUAGUAAGGGGUUGGAUCUCGAGAAGGUUUAUGGACCUUUGAUUGGGAAAUUGGGCUACAAGAAGGUGAAGUGGGCAACUGCUACUAAGAAUGCCAAGACCGGGGAUGUUUACUUGACUGCUCUUUUGCAAAAGCCUGUUUCAAAAUGAUUAUGAAGCAUUGGAAUUUGAGUUUCUCAGGUGCUACUGUUAAAUUGAAGUUGAAAGAGAGGUGUUGACUGUCAGAUUUCCAUUGCUUAGAUAUGGGAAAUAGAUCUUUUCUUGAGAAAGGAAUGCCUCUUCUCAGAUUAUGCAGCCCUGUGUAUUGGUCGAGGAAUCAACCUAUUUACCUCUACAAUUGUAGUUGAAUAUUAGCUAUGUUGUAAAGAUUGUAGGUCUGGAAAAUUCACUGAUACCAGACACUGGUCCAGUAUAUAAUCACGAGGGUUCUGAAGAAAAUGCCGCCCGGAAGUCUUUCUUAAUGUUAAACUUAAUUUUAUAGUCUGCCCUGGGUUUAUUAUAACUGCUUGUUAUGGGACAUAAUUCCAGUUAAUUGUUCACGAAACAAAUAUGCAGAAAAAGGAAUGAAUAAUGCUUUUUUGGUUGGCAA